UAACUUCCUAGUGUACGGUGCAUUAGAAAAUGUCGGAACACUUGAUAUGUAUAUUCGUCUUUACAAUUUGGGCGUGUUGUCGGGUAACAUCAGGAGUUUGUCCAGACGGUCGGUAUGGCUUACACUGCAGCUACACAUGUCACUGUACUUCCGGUUGUGAUGAUGUCACAGGGUGUUCUGGGAACUGCAAAAAAGGAUGGUCUGGACCAACAUGCAACAUGAAUAAUUUAGCGUUGUACAAACUUGCCUACCAGAGUUCUCACUAUAAUGGGGCCAACAUACCUCCAUCAGCUGGUGUUAACGGGGAUUACACUCUAAAGACGGGUAUACUCACUGAUCCAUAUCAAAAUAACUCUUGGUGGGAAGUGGAUCUGGGAAAACCACAUUACAUACACAACGUGACUGUUCACUUCAGGAUGGAUUACCCAUAUCGCAGGAAUGGAGUUCAUGUGUACAGUUCUUUAACAGUGAACCAGAGUAACACAGGUCAUCUGUGUGGUGCAGCAACGAUAAAUAGCCCGGAUGUAACACGUAUUACCUGCGACACCACGGCUCAGUACAUCACACUGUACCAGGGGACUAACAACACUCAUGGCGCUGGAACGGGAAUGGAUUUUUGUGAAGUGGAAGUAUUUAUUUGUGAUGGUGGUACGUUUGGAGACAACUGCACCGAAUUCUGUCACUGUCAAGGUCAACCGUGUAACUAUGUAACUGGAGAGUGCUUUGGUGGGUGUAAACAAAACUGGAAUGGAACCCAGUGUAAAGUGUGCGAUAUUGGUCACUAUGGUUUCCUUUGCAAUGCUAGCUGUUCCAGUAGACAUUGUGAUAACACUUACGUAAUAUCUUCGUGUGACAACGGAAUUGGGAAGUGUGACAAUGGAUGUCAAACAGGCUGGAGUGGAGUCGACUGUACACAAAAGUGUUCCACUCGUAGCUAUGGCAAAGAUUGUAACGGAUCCUGCAUAAACAGACAUUGUCUUGGAAACUCGCCAUGUGAUCAUGUGACUGGGAAAUGUAUCUAUGGUUGUGAUCGGGGAUAUGCACUACUUGACUGCGCUACGAACUGCAGUGGUGACUACGGCUUCAACUGUAAUAUGUCCUGUAGCUCUCGGAACUGUUACAACACCUCCUCGGAAUGUGACCAGUUUUAUGGAAGCUGCACAGGAACAUGCUUGGAUGGUUUUGAAUUACAAGACUGUGCAACUGAAUGUCGCGGAAGCACGUUUGGAUCUGGGUGUAAGUUCAGAUGCAGUGAACGACACUGUGAUGGAGACAGUACGACGUGUGAUGCUGAAAGUGGAACAUGUCAAAAUGGCUGUACACCAGGAUGGAAGAAACCAAGCUGUAUGAAACCAUGUGACACUGGUCGGUAUGGCGCCGAUUGUUCGUUUAUCUGCACAAGAAGACGCUGUCUGAAUAAAGCUGCAAGUUGUGAUCACGUGACUGGUUCCUGUGGAGGAGAAUGUGAGGAAAACUGGAUAGGAGAAGACUGUACUGAGUGUGAUGGGAAAUACGGCAGUGGUUGUAGCUAUUCCUGCAGUGAACGAAAGUGUAGAGACCCCUCAGCGCCAUGCGAUCACGUGACGGGAUCUUGUAACGGAGGAUGUCUGGAUGGUUGGCAAGGAGACACGUGCACCACCACUUUAGAGAUCAGUCAGAAUGACAGUGGAUCCACGAUUAUUGCAUUGGCCGUUGCCUUGGGAAUAGUUUCCAUACUACUGAUUGCACUUGCUGGGGUCUUCUUUUGGCACGUGAGACGUUACAAGAUGACGCCUGGAUCUACAACAAGAGAAAACUCUAGUGUGGCAAACCAAGAUGGUGGACACUAUGAAAUCGUAGCCAGACAGACCGGUCGUGAACGAGACAUCGCGAAAGUUGAUACCUCUCACGAGAGCGGCUACGUGAAUUCACCAAGGUCCCGUAGAACAGAUGAUGUUUCACAACGGCCCCUAGGUGAUAGCGACAGUGGUUAUGUCAAUGCAGGACAAGAUAUUCAGCUGAACGAAUAUGAACAUCUUGAUCCAUCACACUCACCGCAGAAUGUCUACGAUAAAAUAACUGGAAAUUAAAGACACUCGCUCCAAUUCUGGCAACCGCCACACAAACAACUGAACGGAAACUAUUUUGGGACGAAACUCAUGUAAUUAUUGUUUCAUUAAUAGUUGACAAGGCAUUAGAAUAAUUGUUCCAUAUCAAAAAUAGCAUUGCCUGCUGCUUAUUUUGCCAGUAACAUGUAAAUAUGUUUUAUAUUGGUUAUAUUUGUGGCGGGCGGGAUUGUCUGCUCCAAAUAGGUUAGCUUAUUUGAAUGUAUUUGUGUCUGUAAGCAUUGUCACAUAGUUAGUUUUUUUCAUUAAUAUAUAAAUAGCUUUGAAGCUGUCUAUGUUUUAUGGAGGACAGCAUUGCAAUAUUCCAACAAGGUUUCUGGAGGACCACAUUGUCUGCUCCAUAGUUCGUUUGUUCAAUAAAAUAUAAAUAGUUUUCUGGGGGGUUUUAUGGAUGAAAGCAUAUUGUCGUCUCCAUAGUUUGUUUGUUCAAUAGUUGACAAGGCAUUGGAAUCCUUAUUUUGUCAGUAACAUGUAAAUAUGUUUUAUAUGUGUGACAUUUGUGGCGGGCGGGAAUGUCUACUCGAAAUAGGUGAGCUUAUUUGAAUGUAUUUGUGUCUGUAGAACAGCAUUGUCAUAGUUCGUUUGUUCAAACAAAUAUAAAUAGCUUUGAAUCUUUCUAUGUUUAUGGAGGACAGCAUUGCAUGUUUCAACAAGGUGUCUGGUGGACCACAUUGUCUGCUCCAUAGUUCGUUUGUUCAAUGAAAUAUAAAUAGUUUCCUGGCGUUUUUAUGGAGGACAUAAUUUCUUGUUCCUAAUAUGUUUAUUUAAAUGUAAUUGUGUCUGGAGAACUGCAUUACCUGCUUUAUUUUACGUUUUUUCAAUAAAAUAUAAAUAGCUGUAUAUUUGCUUUUUAAUGGACGAAAUCAUUGCAUGUUCUAAAUAGGAUAGUUUAUUUAGGAGAUAACCAUGUGACGUUUUUAGAUUUGCGGGUGUUAUUGUCUAUUUUAUCCCGCAAAUGCCAUUUUUGACCGACGGCGUCAACAUAUUUUUUUGUUUUAGGAGGUCGAUAUUGUAUGAAUCAACUGCGAUAACGAGAAUCGUUAUAGGAAUGAAAGACAGAACCCAUAUUGUUUAACUUAGUAAUUUGUUAUAUAUCAUUAACUUACUCAUUUCUGUAUCACUAACGUACCCACUACAAUAUGAAACCAUAAAUGAAUGAAUGAAUGAAUGCAUCUUGAACAGAGCCAUAGGACAACCCCUGAGUAUAUUGUACACAGUGAUUAUAAUGUGCUGUACGUACCACCGUCCUCAUAUUUACAUGCCAGAUAUAUUCUGAUACACAUAAUAUCAUGAUCACUUUGAAGCACACGACAUGGGCCUGUACUUCCAGUUCAAGUUGUUCAGCAAUUCCGGGGACGAUGUAACCUGGUUUAUCAGCUUGGCUACUCACUUGCCCGUAACGCAUUUUUGUCAAAGCCAAACUCGGCAAAAUUUCAAAACUCACGCAUAUACAUGGUGUCGUCCCGCCAUGACAUCAACUGGUAGAGAAAUCACUGCUGGUGUACGUUAAAGAUGUCUUCAUUUGGGGUAGAUUUUGUUGUUUAUUGUUUGUUUGUUUGUUUUUUUUUGUUUUUUUUUUGGUGUUUUUGGUGUUUUUUUUGUUUGUUUUUUGUACAUAUACAGGAGAUAGUUCUGCCACAGAUAUAGACAGAUUAACAACAAAUAUUCAUAUAUAUUAUACUAAUCAAUGAACUAUUUUAGCACCAUGAACAGACAACCUUGUUCACUAUGGGGAAGUAUUGUUGUUUUAUUUUUUAUACUAAUGGUUCUAUAUAUUGCACAUAAAUCGACAACAUUUUACUACACUCAAUACGAGUACCUUGUCGAUGAUAUAUCAGGUUUAAUCUUAAAGUUAGUAGCAUACACUAUCGUACACGUUCGCUCUAUAUCAAAGUGAAUAUUUUACCAUACUAUUAGUAGAUAACAGAAUAAAUCUGUCUGUGUACAACA